GUGUUUUUUCAAGGAAGAUGCUAACACUGGAAUAAAAUUUUGAGGUCGUCAAUGCAAUAGUACAUGCAUAUAUGUCCUGUCUCUGCAAUCAUCAAGGCAACUGAUUGAUCACUCCUUUGGAUGCCUAGCAUGGAUGGGUGGCUGAGCUUGUGUUUCAUAGCACUAUGCACACCACUCGCCCUCUGGUGUCUCAAGCUCGCCGGCGGCAAGAGAAAGCCACAGAAGUACAAGCUGCCCCCUGGGCCAUGGACUCUCCCGGUCAUCGGCAGCCUACACCACCUCGCCAGCGGCGUUCCGCACCGGAAGAUCACGGAGCUGUGUCGCCGUUUCGGGCCGCUGAUGCUCCUCAGGCUAGGGGAGGUCCCCGCCGUGGUGGUCUCCAGCGCCGAGGCAGCGGCGCUGGUGAUGAAGACCAACGACCCCGUGUUCGCGGACCGGCCGAGCAGCGCCACGGUGGACAUCGCCGGCUGCGGCGGCAGGGGCAUCAUCUUCGCCCCCUACGGCGACCACUGGCGCCAGAUGCGCAAGGUGUGCAUCAUGGAGCUCCUCGGCUCCACGCAGGUGAACCGCAUGGAGGGCAUCAGGGCCGAGGAGACGGGCAACCUCCUCCGCUCCAUCACCGCCUCCGCCGGCGCCGCCACCAUCAACGUCACACAGAAGGUGAUGGCGCUCAGCAACGACGUCGUGACGAGAGCGGUAUUCGGCGGCAGGUUCGAGCAGCAGGAUGAGUACCUCGGUGAGUUGCACAAGGCGUUUGAGCUGCUGGGUGCCUUCUGCCUCGUCGACCUCUUUCCGUCGUCCAGGUUGGUCAGGUGGCUGACCAACGACGAGCGCCGCAUGAAAAGAAGCUACGGCCGCACCCAGCGUAUCAUCACCAAAGCCAUCGAGGGACGCAAGGCCACCAGAGCUGCCGGCGUCGGCGCUUCAGACACGUACGACGAGGACCUCCUAGACGUGCUGCUCAGGCUGCAGCUGGAGGACUCGUUAGAGUUUCCUCUAACCACAGAGACAAUAGGCGCCGUCUUGUUUGAUGUAUUUGCAGGUGCUACGGAGACAAUAGGAUCCGUUUUGUCAUGGGCCAUGUCAGAGCUUAUGCACAAUCCUGACACUAUGGCUAAAACACAACGAGAAAUACGCGAGGUGUUAGGCGAAGACCGAGCUGUUAUUACUAAUAGCGACCUUGCUGAACUCCACUAUAUGCGAAUGAUCAUCAAGGAGGUCCUUAGGUUGCAUCCGCCUGGUCCUCUAGUCCACCGCAUGUCCAGAGAGGAUUGUACAAUUAUGGGUUAUGAUAUCCCUAAAGGCACCGAUGUGUACAUUAAUAUCUUUGCAAUUUCUCGAGAUCCUAGACACUGGAACAAACCUGAAGAGUUUAGACCAGAGAGGUUUGAUAACAACAAUGUGAACUACAAGGGGGCAUACUUUGAGUUCAUUCCCUUUGGGAGUGGGAGAAGACAAUGCCCGGGAAUUCAUUUCAGCUCAUCGGUCACUGAGAUGGUAUUAACAAACUUUCUAUAUCACUUUGACUGGAUGCUUCCUGAUGGACAUAACCUUGCAUCACUUGACAUGUCUGAGAAAUUCGGGCUGGCAGUAACCAAAAGCCAUGACCUUAAACUUAGAGCUAUUCCACACAUGUUGUCCAAAGCUAUGUCAUCGAAGUGAUGCAUAAAUUAAGCUGAUAGGUUAAUUCAUGGCAAUGGAUGUUCAGGUACCUACACUUUCAGCACUUGUCGUACUGUGUAUGGUUGCACCUUUAUGCAAUAGGAUAAGAGAAGUUCAUUACAGACGUUAUGGUAUUGUAUCUACAAAAUUAUCAUAGUGAUUGCUUGUACUGUUGUCCAUAUUAUAUUAUAGUGCAUGACAGAAGUUAUUACAUUGUACUAGAUGAUCGUAUAGAGCAUGAUUGUAUUAGUUCUAUUAUUCUAUAUAGUUUCAUGAACCUCUGAAGAAUAUAUUGAUUAUUAAAUUAACUAUUCGAAUUUCUUUUGGAGCUUA